AUGGAGGCUCCGCUCCUCGUCCCCGUCUCCACCGUCCCCGCCGCCUCAUCCUGCGUCGACAUCAUCACCGCCGACGCCGCACCGUCCGGCCGUCCGGCGCCCUCCUCCUCCUCCUCCUCCUCCUCCUCCGUUUCCACCCAGAGCAUCGUGCUCCGCCUGGCGGCCGUGAUCACCGUCGCGUGCGCGUCCCUGUCCGCGCAGCACGAGGCCGCCAAGGGCUUCGCCGUCGCCGUCGCGAACGACGCGCCGCGUGGCAGCGCCGUGGCGCGGCGGUUCGACCUGCUCUUCGUGUCCAACGGCCGCGCCGAGCGCGCCCUCCUGCACGCCAGCCGCGGCGUGGAGCGCGCGCUGUUCCUGGACCCGUCGUUCCCGCGCAGGCAGGUCCGCCGCGUCACCGUCCGGAUGUCCGGCCACAACCUCACCGCGGGCGCCGUCGGGGCCACGGUGCACGCCGCGGCGCCCGGGGAGUACGUCGUCUCCUUGAGCCCCGGUCUCGUCGCGUCGACCUCCGCCGACUCCGCCGCCGACGCCGUGGCCGCCGCGAUGCGCCGCGCCGUCGCGCGCAUGUGGCUCUGGGACGGCCGCGGCGCCGCACCCGCGCGCGUCACCGAGUCCAUGGUCGAGUACCUCGCCUCCGUCGCUGCGGCCGGCGACGGUGCCGAGGCCGAGGCGGCGGCGACACCUCUGUCGGCCGAGGACGGGCACGGGUGCAGCAUGUCGGCGCGGCUGCUGAGGCACCUGGAGGCGCGGCGCGAGGGCUUCGUGGCGCGGUUGAACCGGGCGAUGAAGGACCGGUGGAGCGACGCCGCCGUGGACGCCGCGCUCGGCGCGCCGGCCCGCCUCGCCUGCGCGGCUGCGACCACGACGACGCCGCCAUUGACCGGCCAGGACGACGACCCCACCGCCGCGCUGGCCGGCUCCACGUCGGACGCCGCCCGUGGGUCCAGCGUGGAAAUGUGA